AAGAGGGGCUGAGGGGGUUUUGGAUACGGCACAGAAACACGCUCGCACACGCUCAGUCAUUCACUCACCCAGCUUGUAGCCAGCCAGUCAGUCAGUCAGUCAGCCAGGCAGACAAAGAAGAGCAGCAUCCUGCAGGAGGACCGCACGCUCCCGGGGGAUGGGGCAUCAUACCCCUGCAUCGCGUUUGGGGGUCAGGAGGAGGCACAGGAGGGCCAUUCAGAAGAGCCGGGGGUCAAAGGUGAGAAGAGCAGAGGGCACCAUGGAGAGUGAGCCAGGGGCCCCUGCAGGAGGGACCUCCAACACCACCACAACCACAACCACCUCCACCUCCUCCAGCGCCUCAGCCACAAGCAGUAGUACUACCUCUAACACUACUUCUACAGCUGCUACUACUACUACCACUGGUCCUGGCAGUAAUACCAGUAGUGGCAGUAUUAGUUGUAACACUGGCAGUAGUUCCAGUAGUACUACUACAGCAGGCAGACAGGCGGUGCCUCAGAUAUCUGUUUACAGUGGGAUACCUGACCGACAAACAGUGCAGGUGUUCCAGCAGGCGUUACACAGGCAGCCGAACACAGCAGCACAGUACCUGCAGCAGAUGUACGCUGCUCAGCAGCAGCAUCUGAUGUUACAAACAGCAGCCCUCCAGCAGCACAACCUCAGCACUGCUCAGCUCCAGAGCCUGGCUGCGGUACAGCAGGCCAGUAUCGCAGCUGGCAGGCAAAGCUCUUCACAGAAUGGCACUUCAUCCCAGCAAACAGGAUCAACUCAGGCUACGAUCAACCUGACCACCUCCCCAGCUGCAGCUCAGCUGAUCAGCCGAGCUCAGAGCAUUAGUUCUACCCCGACCAGUAUCUCCCAGCAGGCUGUUCUGCUGGGCAGCCCGUCCAGCUCCACUCUCACAGCCAGCCAGGCACAGAUGUACCUGCGCGCACAGAUGGCUCAGCAGAGUAACCUGGUGCAGGUGGCCCGGAGCCUGGGUCGGGCUGUUCCUCUGUCCCCACAGCUCAUCUUCACUCCAACAGCCACAGUGACUGCUGUCCAAUCAGAGAGCUCCACACAGGCCUCCUCACAGAAUCAGGUCCAGAAUCUGGCCAUCCGUGGCCAGCAGGGGGCGACCACAGCCUCCUCUCAGACUCACACCCUGCAGGCUCUGAGCCUGAAGCAGAGCCCUGUGCCCAUCCAGCCUGCCUCACUGGUCAAGAAUCCCAGCCAAGGCACGCAUGCCUCUGCAGGAGGGAAGACCAGCUCCUCAGACGGUUCAUCUGAAGGAGGGAAGAAGGGGGACAGUUCAGCAGUCACAGAAGUCCGAGCUAUUAACAUGAGCCGCAAUGUCACAGCUGUCAGUGCUCAGUCCCUGAUCGCUCCAGCAUACACGCAGAUUCAGCCUCACUCCCUGGUUCAGCAGCACAAGCAGCAGCAGCAGCAGUUUGUGGUCCAUCAGGGUCAAGCUUCCCAGAGGACCACGGGGCAGCUGCUGCAGACGGCCUCCAUUCAACCGUCACAGCACCCGGUCCCCGUGCUGCCCAAACCUGCUCCACACCAGCCCUCCACGCCCAGCCAGCAGGCCACCAUCUUCCACUCCACCAUCAGCCCCCACGCGCUCCACACCCCCCUCAACCACGCCAAAGCUCAGCCCGUCCAGCUCACUGCCAUCAACCUGCAAAUACACCCAACGGCCUCCAGAAUGGUUCAUGACUGUAAAGAUAAGCCAACGUCACUGGUGGUCAGAGAGACGUGUCCGACCCCUGCCACAACGCAGCAACAGCAGCAACCUCAACAGCAACCACGGCAACAACAGCAACCUGCAGCUGCACCAUCGCAACCCACCAAGACUGUAGAGCAACUGACGGUCAAGCCUGCGACUCCAGCUGUUCAGCCACAAGGAGGGGGCUCAGCCAAGAGGCCCAACGCUCCACCUGGGACCCCGCCUCCAGCCAUGACCUCAGGGAACGAGAGCGAGGCGCCCACCGUGACGGGCAGCACGCCGCAGAACGGAGAGAACAAACCGCCCCAGGCCAUCGUCAAGCCGCAGGUCCUCACUCACGUCAUCGAAGGCUUUGUCAUCCAGGAGGGAGCCGAGCCAUUCCCUGUGUGUGUGGAGCGUCUGCCCAUUCUCAUCGACAGCCCAAAGAAGCUUGACCACCAGCUCUCCUCAGACCCCGACAAAACCCCCGUCAGCAACGCAGCAAACUCCGACUCUGAGCCCGAGGACAUGAACGAGCCAGACAAAGAUCAGGAGCCCAAGCUGACGUGUGAAUACUGCGGCUGGGUCGACUUCGCCUACAAGUUCAAAGGCUCCAAAAGAUUCUGCUCCAUGGUUUGUGCAAAGAGGUACAAUGUGGGCUGCACGAAGCGGAUCGGCCUUUUCCGCCCGGAGAGGAGUAAGCCGACCAAUCGCUGGCGGAGAAGAUCUCAAGGCCGGCCCAGCAUAGAGGCUAAGAAGCAGAAGCUCUCCCCGUCACCGCAGCAGACUCAGGGGGGGUCCGUGUCCUCGCCGCAUCCCUCUCAGCCCAGUCAGGAGGAGUCCAGCCCGUGUUCGGACAUGUCCAGCUACGAGGAGCCGCCGUCCCCCCUGUCUGCAGCAAGCUCAGGACCCCCGGCUCCCACUCCGGCCCCUGCUCAGGUCCCCGUCCACCGGCAUUCCAGCAGGGCCUCGGACCAGGAGGUGCUGAGUGGGAGGGAUGAGCCUUCACCCUGUCAGCGCUUCAUACCCAACGACCCCACCAGGUGGAACGUGGAGGAGGUGUACGAGUUUAUCCGCUCACUGCCAGGUUGUCAGGAGAUCGCAGACGAGUUUCGCUCUCAGGAGAUUGAUGGACAGGCUCUGCUGCUGUUAAAGGAGGACCACCUCAUGAGCACCAUGAACAUUAAACUGGGACCCGCGCUCAAGAUCUUUGCACGCAUCAACAUGCUCAAAGACUCCUAGCAGAAAGUGUGUGUGUGUGUGUGUGUGUGUGUGUGUGUGUGUGUGUGUGUGUGUGUGUGUGUGUGUGUGUGUGUGUGUGUGUGUGUGUGUGUGUGUGUGUGUGUGUGUGUGUGUGUGUGUGUGUGUGUGUGUGUGUGUGUGUGUGUGUGUGUGUGUGUGUGUGUGUGUGUGUGUGUGUGUGUGUGUGUGUGUAAUAGUGUGAAAAGAGAGCAGAAUAUAAAACUUUGGCACAGGGCAGAUGAUGCGUCAUCGCAGCACUGACAACACAGACUGACAGCACUAUGACCUCACCUUCUCUUCAUUUACUGCUGGACGGGUUCCUUUUUAGCGAACAUUCACUUUGGACCUGCAUCUGCUCCAAAAAAAUAAAACAUUCAACUUACCUGCCUUUCUAUCAAAGUGGAGCUUGAACACUGGGAGCUGUGUUUAAAUACAAUUAACAAUUAAAUCAUCUGACAUAAAAUCAGCUUCCAGUUGUGUGUGUGGCAACUUCCAACAUGUUGUCAUAUAAACGAGUAGAUAUUCUUGAUUUCCUGCAGUUUUGGUGUCUAAAGCGACACGUUGCCUCCUUCUCUUCAAAAAAAUAACUCGUCCAUAAAUCAGCACUGCUUCCUUUGACCUGAAACAUGCUGCCAUGUAUACCUAUUUAGAGGGUUAAGAUCUGAUCUUAACGCAGGCAGGACUUUAGAUAACACAGACACUUAUUAAUGCAGGGUGAAGAUGCAAAUGUAUUUUGUCAAUUUCAUGAUCGAUAACACUUUUGGAUACAGAUUUCAUGAUAACAGCAGGUGUGAAAGGGCUCUUUGAUGUGGCAUGAGACAAAGUCUGCUGAAGUUAAAAAAGAAUAAAUUAAGAGGAGAACACUGUUCAGUCGUGCAUGGGUGGGGUCAUACUGCAGCACAGUCUUUACUGAAUUAAGGCAUUAAAACAAAAACAAUAGAAGUCUGACUGAGUUAUUAUUCAUAUAAAAUUAUAAAAGAGGUUUUUGUACAGUUGUGUCUGUGUGUGAAUGAGAGAGGAGUGGAUGUAUGUGUGUGUCUGGGAACAAAAGAUUGCUUCAUUAAUUUGCUCAUUUUCAUUCAGAAGAUGCCCCUUUUGCCUUUUUUUCUCACAAUAAGACUCUCACCGCUCCAGAAUACAAAGCUCCAGCGCAGGAAGAAAAAAAAAAAGAAAAGGUUUGAGCAGCUUCUUCUCUGACAUUGAUUUCCCUUUCAUGAAGAACUCUCCUGCUGAUUUCAGCAGCUUACAAAUGAUUGUUGCCGUAUUUGAAAACGGUGGACUAAAUAAGGACUUUGAUUUCUUGUCUAAGUUUGGUAGGAGGACACUAAAGUAUCCAAGGUACAAUUCAGGUCUGCUGUCUCUAUGCAGACCUACUUCUGGCACUUAUUUCCCUUUGUUUGCUUUAAUUUAAUGAGCUCUGGCGGCAGCAGUGCAAAGAUUGGAGUUUGUACAUAGCAGAUCGUGUGAGGACAGACGACUGAAACAGAGUGUGGAACUGUCUUUCUUUUUUAAGUUAUGCUUGUUGAGACAAAUUUAAUGUGGUUUACUAUUUUGAAAUAUGCAAAUGUAUAAAUAUGGCCCAGGGUUGGUUUUUUUUCUCUGUUCUUUUUUUUUCUAAUGAAAAUAUGAUCAUAUCUAUUUGUGUGUUUGUGGAUGUAAUGGAAGGUAAACUUUUUUAGAUAAGGCUUGUAUUUAUCAAACGGUUUGUAACAACAUUUUGCAACCAUAAAUAAUUUGCAGUACA